AUGUCUGACAACCCUAAGCCCAACCGUCCGGACGGGACGUGGAUUGCUCAGUUAGAUAUAUGUCUUGCAAAGGGCGCAGAGAUCCCGGAAGGGGACACACAUCUGCUGGAACGUCUCGCCCGGAAUGAAUUGCCCUCAGAUCUGCGCUCCGAGGAGUGUCUCUCUCUGGCUGCGGGCUGGCUAGACAAGUGCUCGCAGGAGCACGCAGACUGCGAUGUACACAACAACAAACCCACCUCCCUUCCCACACGUGUCAUCGAGGUCGGAGAUCCGAGCACACCGCCUCAUUUACAUGUCAGUGGGGAUGGUGAAACCGGGAAAUGGGUGGCUCUGAGCUAUUUCCGAGGCGCAGACUCAUCCAUCACUCUCAAUGCCUCCUCAUAUAACGAUCUCCGCAGCGGACUGCCACUGUCCGACUUCCCACCUAUAGUACAGGAUGCUGUACUCGUGACACGGGCACUAGGAGUCCGUUACUUAUGGGUCGACUUCCUCUGCGUCUUUCAAGAUGACACCAAUGACCUGGCGAUUGACGCGUCGAGAACGAGCCGCGUUUAUAGCAAUGCGGUUGUCACCAUUGCCGCUACGAGCGUGGAAACAGUGAACGACGGGUUUAUAGACAAACGGGAACCGCAUUUUAACUGCGCUUUCCCUUGGCGCCGACAUGAUCAUCCCGAUAGCAUCAAGGAUGGUUGUCGCACGUACCCCGUCUUCUUUCGAAAGGGUAGAACCCCUCUCAACAAAGACCGGCCGAGGGAUUCGCGUUGGGCCACCAGCGGUUGGACGCUCCAGGAAGAGCUGCUGUCGAAACGUCUCUUGUAUUAUACGAAACAAGAGAUGAUCUGGCAAUGCCGCGCAGGGCCAGCUACUGAACCAGCAGAGGAGCUCAACUAUUCUCCAACCCUGUUCUCCAAGGUAAAAGAGCUUCUCGCUGGCUCAGGUAGUUCCGAAGACGCUAAAGGGUCCGCCCUAGCUACGUACAAGGUUUGGUACGAGAUACUACAAGAAUAUACCAGACGAGAUCUCACUUCUAAGGAUGAUCCUUUGCCGGCGAUCGCGGCAAUAGCGGAGUCCUUCCAAACUCAGCUGGACGAACAGUAUUGCGCGGGAUUAUGGAGGAACGAUCUCUUAUUUGGUUUACUAUGGAACAUUCACUGUAGUAGCGGUGGUUCGGGGCCGCCUGGUAAAAUGCUUCGGCGCGCCCUGCUUCGAUUUUUGAGCUACCAAGACAAACAUCCUACACUACCUGCUAGGAAAAUACCAGCUGGCGUUUCCAAGGAUCGCGGGGCGUCUUGGAGCUGGGUAGGAGCUGACGAUAUUGCUGGGAUAACCUGGCCACAGGAGAGUGGUACCUUCGACUACCUUGCAAAGGUCGUUCAUGUUGAGACGCGCGACAAGCUUCACGACGAAUUCAGCUCCGCGGAAGGCGUGGUACUAACCUUGGAUGCACCAUAUCGGAACCUCCAUUUGAGACUCGGUACCUAUUUGAAGUCCCCGGGGAGCCCUGCAGCUUUGAUACAGAGAGCCUUAACACGACUCAGUCCUUUGGCACGUACGAGGAAGUUAACGGAGAUCGCCCUGACGAGGCCAGACUACCUCGCAUCGACAUCAACCAGCGGCUCCGUCAUCGUUCCGAGCAGCAGCACGGAAUUCACACUGGUCCAGAUUGCAAAGACGAGUAUAGGGCCUCGGCCCGUGCUUUAUGUUCUCGUUUUACAGCGACAGAAGAGAGACAAAGCCAACAGUGCGGGACCACAACGUUAUCGUAGAGUUGGUUUGUUGCGGCUUAUGCCUUCACAGCCGGACAAUGAUGACUAUAUAGGGGAGGCGAUGACGGAUCUGUUAGAGGGUGCUGCGUAUCGUGAAGUUACCAAGAAGGAGUGGCCUGUUGCGACCUUUGUCAUCGACUGA